CGUUUCAGACGCAGCAGUUAAUGCAGCAUUGAAAUUGCAUUUUAAACGGUGGUAUUUUCAUUGCGGUUUUUCUGUGUGCUUAAGGAGGGGCUAAAGAAUGCUUUCGCCCUGUGAUGCUUCUUAACAUGUGCGAGAUGUCCUGGCAGCAGCCCAUUUCAAGAAGAAAAGCUGGACAGCAAUGCAAGUCUUCUCAUUAUAACAAUAACACCUUGUGUCUGUAGCUACAUCAGAUCAGUGGCUUAUUAAAGGAAAAAGGGAGCCCUCCAAUCAAACUUUAACAAUGCAGGAAAGAAUUGGAUGAUUUAUCCCUCCAGUAGCAGCUCAACACAUUUCUUUACAGCUGGCAUUUCCUUAACCCCCAAGUCUUAAAUGUUCUUACAUAGAUACUCCCAGAUGGCAAACUUCAAAGAAGCUGCUACACACAGAGCCACAGAGGAAUUCCUCCCUGGCAAAAACUGUUCUGCUGCUGAAGAAAAGCUCGACUGCUAGACGUGGACAAAACUCUACAGCAAACUUCCACACUUCUCGCCAUCUGAGGACUGAAUUUCUCCUUUACACUGAACUGUGAACUGUCUCUUUAUACUUCUGUUUGAGUCCCUUUCCUCUGAUACCUUCUUCCCUAUCUGUGCCUCUCUUUGUCCUGUAACUUUAUCCUUGUUUUUCCAGUUGUCUCUCUUGUUUUUCUUGCUGUCUGUAUUUCUGGGACUUUCUGUCCCCUCCUUGCUGCCAAGCUGGAUUUCCUGCAAAUGAAGCACCUGAAAAGGAAGAGGAAGAGCAACUACAGCGUGAGGGAAACACAGACUCUCAUCAGGGAGAUCCACAAGAGGAGAGAUGUGUUGUUCUCCAGACAGCAGAACACAGCCAUUAAUGAGCUGAAGAGGCAGGCAUGGGAGGAAGUGGCACAAGGUGUGAAUGCCCUGGGAGAGGGGGAGCUGCGCACUGCUGCCGAAGUGAAGCGUCGGUACCUCGACUGGCGUGCGCUGACAAAGAAAAAACAGCUGCAGGCUGAGCUCUCCCGCUCUUCCUCAUCCCCCUCUUUGGCCAUGAACACUGUGUAUGAUAAUUCCUCUCCUGAGCACGAGGCACCAUCUCUGGGAUCUGGUUGUGACCAGCUGCUUGACCUCUCGGGCUUUCCAAAGGACUGGCACUGCGACUGGCCGGAGCUGGUGGCUCUCAGUGAGCCCAGCAGGCAGGCCGCGGCGGCACUGCCGGGAGUGAAGAUUGAGGACGAUGUCAGUGAAUACAGACUGGAUGGGGAUGUGGGAGAUGGAGAAAUGGAUGAUGAUGAUAUUCCCUCUCUCCUUUGUGACAUUGAGUCGUGUGUAGAGGGGCACCGCACUGAUGUUUACCCCCACAACAACUUGGGCAUGCUUAGCCCCUCCAAGGAUCCAACUUCCACCACCAACAGAGAUCUACUGCUGCCUGGAGGCCUGAUGGGAAUGCUGGGUGAGCUCAGCAGUCACGAGAACAUAGGAGCAGAGUUUCUGGUUGCUGUUGAGAAACAUCGAUUGGAGCUGGAGAAACAACGGCUGGCUGUGGAGACUGAACGCCUGGCUGUGGAGAAAGAGCGGCUGGUGGUGGAGAAAGAGCGACUUCGUCAGACAGAGGUAGAGAGAGAACGGCUGCAAAUAGAGAAGGAGAGGUUACAGGUGGAGAGAGAGAGGCUGAGGCUCUUGCGUGUUGGCCAGUCAGAGUACAUAGACUCUUCUUUUAACCUGCCGCCACAACAAGGCCCAACGUUUUCCUCCGCUUCCUCUUUAUCCUCAACUCAUGAUGGACAGAGGGUGAAGGGAGUGUCAGCAAUGGAUUUAGAGGCAGAAAAAUUAAAUUUGGAGAAGGAGAAACUGCAGCUGGAGAAGGAGAGACUGCAGUUCAUCAAGUUUGAGGCUGGCAGGCUGCAGAUUGAAAGAGAGCGCCUGCAAGUGGAGAAAGAGAGAUUGCAGCUCCACAAAGACCAUUUGUCAGUAAAAAUCUGAUAAGAGUGAGAAAAAGAGGGUGGCUGACAAGGGUGAAUAAAUCAGAUGUCUCAGAAUCUUAAAAGAUCACAGUAUUUGUACCAGUAGCAAAUUUCUCACAUGCUGUAUACAUCAGGUGUGAGACACUUUAAAGACCUUUCCUAAGUGGUCAAGAAGAAGCCCCAGAACAGUGCCUUAGGAGGUGAUAUUGGUUUGGCAUUUUCAGCUGCCAGUGAUCAUAUUUGAUUCAUAAAAUGCAACAACUGUCAGCAGAUGUUCAGUACUCUAG